UCCACCGACAGGCACCGACUGAGCGUGGGGAGCCGAUAUGCGCGCCGCGGAGGACUUUCCUAUAAAAGCAGGGAUCCCACGCUCACGAGCUCGUCUCUCUCCGUCACCGCCACGAGAGUCACGAGCCGUCAGCUGCGUCUUUCUCCCGCCACAGUCCGGAGGAGCCUCAUCACCUCACCUGAUCCUGGUCUAUGGUUCUUAUGACUGAAGCACCAACGAGGAUGUCCCGGACCGACGAGGUGCACCGUAUAACGGAGAAUGUCUACAAGUCCAUCAUGGAGCAGUUCAACCCCUGCUUGAGGAACUUCAUCGCCAUGGGAAAGAGCUACGAGAAGGCGCUCACCAGUGUCACAUAUGCUGCAAAGGGCUACUUCGACGCUCUGGUGCGGAUGGGCGAGAUGGCCAGCGAAAGUCAAGGCUCUAAGGAUCUUGAAGAGGCAGCAUGGGAGGUGCUCUUCCAGAUGGCUGAAGUGCACAGACAGAUCCAGAUCCAGCUUGAAGAGAUGCUGAAGUCUUUCCACAACGAGCUGCUCACAGAGCUGGAGAAAAAGGUCGAGCUGGAUGCACGCUAUCUGAACGCUGCACUGAAGAAGUACCAGAUGGAGCACAAGGGCAAGGGUGAGAGUUUGGAGAAGUGCCAGGCAGAGCUGAAGAAACUGCGCCGGAAGAGCCAGGGCAGCAAGCACCCGUCCAAGUAUGGAGACAAGGAGAUGCAGUAUGUGGAGGCCAUCAGCAACAAGCAGAGCGAGUUGGACAACUACAUCGCUGAGGGCUACAAGAACGCUCUGUCCGAGGAGAGGAGGAGGUACUGCUUCCUGGUGGACCGUCAGUGUGCCGUGGCGAGGAACAGCAGUACCUACCAUGGCAAGGGGAAGGAGCUCUUAUCCCAGAAGAUCCCAGUGUGGCAGCAGGCCAGCACUGAGCCUAACAAGCUGCCCGAUCGGGCCAUGUUCCUGGCCCAGCAGAUGAGCUCUACAGCUGGUACCUUGCCUCCAGGAGCUCAUCAUCCAGGCAUGCCCAUUUCUGAGCCCAUCCCUGGGGCUAAACCUCUACCGGUGCCUCCAGAACUGGCAGCCCUGAGGGCUAGUGGGGGCCUGGGACAGCAGAGGCUGAUGGGGGGGCUGGAAGGAGGGAUGCCUCUGAUGAACGGCACCACAGGCGUCCACGGUGGAGAGGACUACCAGCAGUGGAUGGAGGCAAAGGUGGCCCAGGGCAAAACUUCAACACAGAGGCACGGAGUAGAGGUCUUCUCCAACACCCUGCCUGUGCGCAAAGUGGCCCCAGCCAAGAACAAGACAGCACUGAUGGAGACCCGGACUCUGCCACGGUCCAGCUCCAUGGCAGCAGGACUGGAGAGAAACGGGAGAACUCGAGUUCAGGCCAUCUUCUCGCACGCUGCUGGUGACAACAGCACUCUGCUGAGCUUCGCUGAAGGCGACGUGAUAACCCUGCUGGUCCCAGAGGCCCGAGAUGGCUGGCACUAUGGAGAGAAUGAGAAGAACAGGAUGCGUGGCUGGUUCCCCUUCUCCUACACCAGAGUGAUCCCUGAAAAUGACCCACAUUCCAUGAGGCAACUUCGAGUACACAACCUCCAGCACGGGAAGAGCAGCAGCACAGGAAAUCUUCUGGAGAGAGAAGACAUGUCUCUGUCUGUCUCUGACUACGGCCUCCACUCCCGCAUGAUGGCACAGAGCGCUGCUGCGCUGCAUGGCAGACAACAACGCCCCUACAGCGUGGCGGUGCCAGGCUUCUCACAGCAAGGAGUUGAAGAAUACGAGCCACGCUUCCCUACAAGUACGGGGCCUGAUUACGCCCAAUUUUGAGUGACCAAAAGACAUCCAAUGAUCCACCCAACAUGCCUGCCGUGGAGGCACCACCCAAUCCGCCCCUUUCGGACGAUGAGGAGGUUGAAGAGGUGAAGGACACCCUGCUCGAUGAAGCUCAGUAUGACUCCCUUGAGAAGGCAUUGAGCAUCCCUGGAAGGGUCUACUGAGCUCCCCCUCUGUUCAAACAAGCUGUGGGCAGAUCUCACCUCAGCUUUAAAGCUGUGAUUCAACUUCUACAUUAAUGAGCAACUAUAUGAUAAGAACCAAAUUCCUGUUUUAGUGGAGAGAUAAUCUGAUAUAAAUAAAAGCUAGAUGUGAUUCUGAUCUUCAAGCAUGGAAAGCACGUUGAAAGCCGGAAAAAUCUGGCAUUUCUCUGGAUUCUUUUCACUGAGUGCAUUUUCAGGCAUGUGCUCACAGUUCUGGGUAAUAGUGAUGGACAUCAGUUCAUAUGUUUGACCCUUCAGAAUCUUGUGAUAUGACGUUGAUGUUCACCUCUGUGGCUCAUUGAGAUUAUUUGUUCAAAUUUAAAGCGACUUCCAUCUGAUCUCUACCCAAAGACUGCCCCCUAAGGGGCUUCUGAUGUGGACUGACAGGAUCUGUAUCCGGUCUGAUUAGUCGUCUAAAAACACCUCUACGCUUUUAAAACACAGCUUACUUUGUCAACAGAAAGGCUUUAGGGGCAGUAAGCUAAACAUCUCAUCAGGUAUUUCACCUUUCAGUCUCACCUGUAAUACUGCCCUCUCACAGGCCAGCCUAGCAUACCAACUGGUGUUGGAGCUGCUGAGUCAAACACUGUUACAUACAUCCAGACAUCAGGUGUGUUAUUUGAUACAAGACAGAUCAUCGAAAGGACUAACGGUCAGCUGAUGAUGUAGAGAAGAUGUCCUAAAGAUAGACUAGGCAGAAGAAUCAACAGUAUCUGUGGGGUAAUUAGUGAUCACAUGAGAAGCACAAUAGUACUCGAUCUCCUGUAUCAUCUACUGUAACUGUAUAAUCACAGGAAAUCUUCUGUAUUCAGACAGCACUGCAGCUGUUCGUGCAGUCAUGAUUACAGUAUCGAUUGGAUUUGACGUUUGAUUAAUGUCGUGUUCAAGCAGUUCAUGAGAUCUUCUUAAAGCAACAGAGAAUUCUUCAAUAAUUGAAUCAACAAGAGAAACACUUUGUGCUUGCAUGUUGUCUUCUGUCAUGUUGGAUAUAACUGAGGACUCAAGCGACCAGGGUUACACUGAUGAAGGUUUGUAAUGGGUAAACUGGGCUGAAACUGGUCUCAUAAAGAAAAAUACCUUUUUUAAGUGAUCCCUCUCCAUGUCAUCAGCUGAUCCACAUAAUCAGCUGAUCCCUCUCCACAUAUCAGCUGAUCCACAUCAUCAGCUGAUCCACAUAAUCAGCUGAUCCCUCUCCACAUCAUCAGCUGAUCCACAUCAUCAGCUGAUCCCUCUCCACGUCAUCAGCUGAUCCACAUAUCAGCUGAUCCACAUAAUCAGCUGAUCCCUCUCCACGUCAUCAGCUGAUCCACAUAUCAGCUGAUCCACAUAAUCAGCUGAUCCCUCUCCACAUCAUCAGCUGAUCCACAUCAUCAGCUGAUCCCUCUCCACGUCAUCAGCUGAUCCACAUAUCAGCUGAUCCACAUAAUCAGCUGAUCCCUCUCCACAUAUCAGCUGAUCCACAUCAUCAGCUGAUCCCUCUCCACGUCAUCAGCUGAUCCACAUAUCAGCUGAUCCACAUCAUCAGCUGAUCCCUCUCCACAUCAUCAGCUGAUCCACAUCAUCAGCUGAUCCCUCUCCACGUCAUCAGCUGAUCCACAUAUCAGCUGAUCCCUCUCCACAUCAUCAGCUGAUCCACAUCAUCAGCUGAUCCCUCUCCACAUCAUCAGCUGAUCCACAUCAUCAGCUGAUCCCUCUCCACAUCAUCAGCUGAUCCACAUAUCAGCUGAUCCACAUCAUCAGCUGAUCCCUCUCCACGUCAUCAGCUGAUCCACAUCAUCAGCUGAUCCACAUCAUCAGCUGAUCCCUCUCCACGUCAUCAGCUGAUCCACAUAUCAGCUGAUCCACAUCAUCAGCUGAUCCCUCUCCACGUCAUCAGCUGAUCCACAUCAUCAGCUGAUCCCUCUCCACAUCAUCAGCUGAUCCACAUCAUCAGCUGAUCCCUCUCCACAUCAUCAGCUGAUCCCUAUCAUCAGCUGAUCCACAUCAUCAGCUGAUCCCUCUCCACGUCAUCAGCUGAUCCACAUCAUCAGCUGAUCCACAUCAUCAACUGAUCCACAUCAUCAGCUGAUCCCUAUCAUCAGCUGAUCCACAUCAUCAACUGAUCCACAUCAUCAGCUGAUCCCUCUCCACGUCAUCAGCUGAUCCACAUCAUCAGCUGAUCCACAUCAUCAACUGAUCCACAUCAUCAGCUGAUCCCUAUCAUCAGCUGAUCCACAUCAUCGGCUGAUCCCUCUCCACAUCAUCAGCUGAUCCACAUCAUCAGCUGAUCCCUCUCCACAUCAUCAGCUGAUCCCUAUCAUCAGCUGAUCCACAUCAUCAGCUGAUCCACAUCAUC